GUCUUUGUCUUGCAUGCACUUGAGCAGCCUGGACGAGAGCGUGGGCGAGGCCUCGGGCUGCGACUCGUACGGCGGCUACGAGGGCGUCGAGCACCUCAAGCGCCACUCCCUCAGCCACCUGAGAGCAGCCAGCUGCGACUCGCUCUCCUGUGGGUGCAAGGGAGUGGGCGUGGGUGCCGGCGCGGGCGGGUUCGGUGCUAGGGGCUUUGGUGGCGGGAACAGGAGGCGGGUUGCCGCGCUCGGAGUAAACGGUAGACUUAACACUUGGAAUGCUUCGUGUUAUGGCGCUUCCUCGUGCUACGGUGGUGGCAUUAGAAACGGGAUUGGUGGUGGUGGUGGUGGUAGUUAUGGUGGUGACGGUGAUACCGUUGGUGAUGUGACGGAUGACAGUUUUAUAUUCAUUGAGAAACCUCCGCUCAAGUACCAUGCAGUAUCUUGUGACGUUUUACGGGAAGAAGGUAAAGAGACGCGAGUCACAGCUUCCGGUUUGGGGAAAGAGAAGUACCUGCCUCCGAUCGGCGAGCGGAAGACGUGGCAUGAGGACGAGGCCUUCGUGAAGCAGGUGGUGGAGGAGUACUUCAAGGACCCUCCUCCCCUCUCGGAUUCCGAGGGCAAACAUGCGGAGGGCAAGGGCGACGGCUCACCGCGAAGUCGCGAGCGGCCCUCCGGCGAGGCUGACAGCUGUAAAGACUUGUCCACUUCGUCGUCAUCGUACUCGUCGUCGUCGUCUUCGUCAUCUUCGUCGUCAUCGUCAUCAUCCAGCGAAAGUGAUGACUGCUUAGACGGCGGGUCUCAGGGCGGGGCCGGCGAGUGUGGCAGCCCCAGCAUAGACGACACCACGUACUGCGACGACUCCGACGAGACGACCUCGUGGUUCACGGACGACUCCCUGGGCUACGAGGCCGACGUGGAGCCCAGUGACAAGGACACUCUGGGGCACGUGUGGCGCCGGUGGAGAAGCGCGCCAGACGUACGACCUAACAGUGACGUCAGGGGUAGGUGGCUUCCCGCGGGCAGGGGGGCGUCCGCGGCCAAGAAAGGCGUCGCAGACACUCGCGCGCGCGGAGGUGGAGGUGAUGCGAGCAGCGGAGAGCGGGCGUGGCGGCGGCGGGGCAAUGGCGGUGGUGUAGGGGCGGCAGGAGGGGCGGAGGGGGGCGCUAGCGCGACCCCAUAUAAACACGUGCCAGUAUGUGGGUACCAGACCCGUAAGUCGUGUAGCGUCGAUGAGACCAAGUUGUCACGCCUCAGGCUGGGACUGAGGAAGGUGAAGAAGCACAAACUCCUGCAGUUUAGUCACGACGACGCCGAGAGGAGGCCGAGGACCGCGCGUGUCGCCUCCAGCAGGAAGACCGACGAGAGUGAGCGCGAUGCCAGUGACCUUCUGGGCAGUGCCUCGGCCCUCACGCCGCACAGCGAAGAGACCGAGGAAGACCUCUUCCAAGGCGUCGAGAAGCUAGAGUUCGUGAAUGGUAAAUUCUCGGCUGGCACAGACAAGCCAGGGUGCAGCGGGUUGGUGUGCGAGUGUGUGCGGAGGGGGCUGCAGACUGCGGGCGCGAACGAAAGCAGCAGGGGUGGGCGUGGUACGAGUGUGGAGGCGGGGAGUGUAGAUGACAGCACCACAGAGAGGACGCAGCGGGUGCUUUCGCAGGGCUUGGUGAUCCACCAUUCCGCUAACACAGAGGCGGACAUACUCAAUGGAAGUCUCAUAAGGAACGCUCUUAGCAUACUCAGAGAGGAACAGAAGUUGCAGACCCUGCCAGACCCAGCCCCUGCGCCCCCAGCUGAGGACGCAAGCGAGGCGAGUGAAGGGAAGGGGGCGGCAACCGCGGCUCCGGCGCCAGAACAAAGCCACCCCGAGGACGCCUGCACAAAGGCAUCGCAAGAACAAACUGAAGAUGUGGCUAGUAGUGCUUUGCCCCCCCAGGACGAAAUGAACAAAGUGAACAUCACCAUCCACCUCACUCCACCGCUCCCUCGGAGGACAGGUGAGGAGAGCGGGAUGGGGGGCGUCCCCACCCAGCCUCUUGCGCACCAGCACCAAGCGUUCCCCGGUGUGGCUGGCGCUGGGCCUCAUGUGUCUAGUGUAACGCAGUGUGUUCCAGUGAGUGAAGCAUCGAGAGUGACCGAGUGUGAACAGAAGGGCGGGAACGCAAAAGGCGAGCAGCAUCGUCACUAUGAGAACGUGGACGGAUUCGGCGGGCGGGGGAGCGACGGGGCCGCGGCCGACGGCGGCGGAGCGGAGGCAAGGGGCGGUUACCACAGCAGGUCGAGCGUCACGCAGAGUCGUGGCCCCUCCGAGGCUGCCAGGCGCUCCACCAGUGUGGAUUCCCUUUUGAAAAAUUAUCGUUAUCCUGAGACUCCCGAGUCGAGGACCAGCUCCUUGUCAUCCUCCAGCGGCCAAAGCAGUUGUUGUCAUGGAAGGUCGAGGUGCAGGACAAAGUCGUCGGGGAACAAGAGCCAGCCACACACUCCCAGCCAAGGGCACCGUCACCCCAGUGCCCCGAGAGAGGGCUCCGGCACCACAAGUUCCGCAUCGAGUAAGGUUUUCGGCUCAGAGUUCCACGUGCAUCGGGUUCAGGUGGGAACGGGAAACGAUCGCAAGUUCGCGCAGGCCACACAGCGGUCUGUGCUGGAGGUCCCUGUGAGUGGCGCAGAGGAGCGCCAGGUGGCUGCAGGAGGGCGAGGCCGAGACGCAAACCUUCAGAAGAGUGAACUUGUUCUCGAGCCGCCGAAAUCGCUGGGGACACACCCUGGCUCCUCCCCCCGCCACCCCACCUUCCUGACUGCAACCUUCCCGACCUCCAAGACAUGCAUAUCGGAGUACAACAUCGGGGACACUAAGCCGCAAUCGCCAGCAAAUACUCCUGGCUUGUUCUGCGAGGGGAUGAAGCAUUCUGUAAACAAGACCAAGAAUAAUAAAGCAACAGAAAUCUCUAAAGAAGAGCACGCAGAGAAAAAAUCCGGCAAAAGUGACUCUAAGAGCAAAUCUAAGUCUAAGCCUCGAAAAUACUUCUCCGGUAUUUUGAAUGCUUUUGGUUCCGCCGCGCCCCGAUUUAGAGGCACGGGAUCAUCAUCAGAUGCCAAGGGAGAGAGCAAGGAGCGGAGUCAGAGCAAGAAGGUUGUGGCAGACGGUGAGGGUGGUCGUGUUGUCCCGCCCCAGAGCACACAGACAUCUGAUCUGACAGCCGCCGCCGCAGGUCGUACUCCUAGUGGGUUGUCGGAUGCAGGCUCCUCCGACAGGACCUGUGACGCGGCAGCCAAGGGUAGUGCGCUGUGUAACAAAGCCGGUGCGGCGGAGUCUAUAAGCGAAGCAUUACAGGUAAGGGAGACUAAACAUAGUAGCCUUGGUGCCUCAGAAUACCGUCAUCGUAGUGACGUCGCCCCGAUACCCAGUCCGCGGCCACGUCGCGCCCGCAAGAAUAGUCAUGACUCAGCAGACAGCGUCGCGCCCACACCACCCACCCGCCGCAGAAAUCCCGGGGAACACACCGGCAAACCAGCUGUAGAUGGUGGCACUAAGGAGUUGGAGAAUCUCGAGAGUCCCCGCACGAGCCCGCGAGUGCGCCGUGGACGGGAGCCAAGGGAGCCAACCACCCCGUCAGCAGAGAAGAACUUCCGGCGCCAGCUGCCCACACCCGCACCGCAGCCUGGCCUCAUUAACACACCUGGGACGCCACCCGCCCACACGGCUCUCCAAACCUCUUACGAAAAUAUUUCUUUCCACGAGAGACAUUCUUUCAGCAAGCGAGAUGUACCUGUAGAAACGCAGAGGCGUGAUUCUGGAGAGAAGGCGGGCGGGGGGACGCGCCAAGACGCUUGUCCUUCGUUCUCCUCCAGGUCCUCGAGAGCAGUGGAGACGCCCCGCACCACUAAAUCACACAGGAGUUCUAGGUCAAGUAAAAACUAUACCUGCUCUGGCGGUUCGAAUAAUGGGACGGCGGGGGGGAGCAAUGUAGCGGCAGAGCAGAAGAACCAAGCCAAUGAGGGCAGUGGGAAGGCAGAGGGCGCCCCGCGAGACAGCGCCAGUGCUCCCGCCGGUGGAGCGACAGGCACAGGCGGAGGAGGAGGUCGAGUAGAACGGUUUCCACGCGGUGGGUCGAGCGGGGGAUCAGGAACGAGUGAUACAACACCGUCCUGGCGACGCCGGAGAUCGCGCCCCCCUACUCUGCCCACGACACCGCCACAGACAUCCCGAGUUCGCAGAUCCUCUCAGUCGUCGGCCACGUCGGGUGGGUCACUGACCUCAUCCCCAACCCGAUGGAGGCGCCCCCAGGCUGAGGAUACAUGGGAGGGGACCAGCGACGAGGGCGGAAGGGAGAGCAGCCACUCAAGGUCCCCGUCUUCCGGGUCUGUAGCCUCAGAGUCAACUUCGUUUUACUACAGUGCGGUCGGGUCCACCAUGUACGAGCGUCCGAAGUCGCUGUUCGAGGAUGACACAGCUAGGUACUCCUUCGUGACGUGUCCUCAGUACGAACCUGUGCAGCCUGGAGACGUGGAAAGUACUUUUACCGUCCCUGUACCGGACACCUCGUCCAACAACAACCUACCGAGAACCAUCAGUGGCGACCUUAACUGUGACAUUGACAUCAGUCUGACCGAGGGGGAGAUAAAGGUCCGUGUAAGAACAGAGGAUGAAGAUGUGGUAUCGUCCACUCCUAUACAAGACGACGACGAAGACGAAGACGAUGACGGCGACGACGGAGCUGAGGUGGAAACCGAUAGCGACGAUUACGAGUUGUCGAGCGAAGAACAAGCUCAGGAGGACCAAAGGAAGGGUGACGGCCUUAGAGGGGAGGGCGAGGUGAUAGGAGACAGCGGCGUGGUCCAUGCCGUUCCUUGCGUAGCUGUCACGGACUCUUCAAACAGAUCGAGCCUUUCCAGUUCUUAUGGAAAGCCAACAUUCCGCGGGAAGUACCUGGACUCCCUCGGGCGUCGCGAGGUGGGGAAGAGGGAGAGCGGUCUCGUGCAUGCAUCCCCUUGCUGGGCCACGACGGACUCCGACGUCAGGUCCAGCGUCUCAAGCACAGACUUCUAUAGCAAAGUCUGCAUAAAACCUACUCACACGCAGCGAACGUACGAACCGCAGUACGUAAACGUGCAACCGACGGAGGAGGCGACGGCUGUUGACGAUGCAGCGUCGGAUUCUUCUCAGCCGGAGAAACGGAGGCUCUCCGGAGUGUGGUCGAUCGACGGGGACACGGACCGCGAGAGUGACCCCGAAGAUCAGCAGGAAAGUUUCACAAAUGAAAUCUCUGGGGAGGACCUGCAAAGAAAGGUGGCAGACAUCAGCUUAGACGAAGGUAAGGAAGAGGCGAGUCGCCUGACCGAGUCCUUCGCCAGCAGUCACCACGGCGAGGAGUGCUAUGCCACCGAGGAAGUCGAAUACGGCCCGGAAGAGGCGGCCUUGCUGAUCGAUUCCUCCAGUCCUCCCCACGAGCAGCCCUUCCUAACCGAGCACGAGGUGGCGGACCGACCUCCUGACGGCUUCAACGAGGCCAACAUGGGCGAGGCGUGGGACCAACACGCGCGGGCAUGGGAGUGGCACAAGUCAGUGUGGGAGCACCACCAACACAUCCAUCAGCAGCACCUACAUCACCACUUCCACCACCAUCACCAGCACCAGUCGCUGUUGUCAGACGUCAUGUCGUGCCUCGGUGGCGGCUGGGGUAUGUCGGCGCCGUCGUGGUGCCACCACCCGUACCCCGAAGCAAAACCGGGAUGCCAGGACAGAAAGUCCGACGGGCGCCUGCAGGAGAGUCCCACUCCAGACUGUAGGUGGUCAGGGCACUUCGACGACCCCCCUUACCAGCCUGCCCCAGGGAAGCCUCCCCCCUCCCCAUUGCCUCCUUCAGGGACGCAGAAGAGCCGCGACACGUCCUCGCAGCCUCGAGAAGGUUCGCGCUCGCAGACCCGCCAGAGGUCGAGGUCACGGCGUCGCGCGCACUCGGCCAAUGCAAAGUACCGAGUCGAGCUGGAAAUCCCUCCCCACUUGCUGUCCCGGCCACGCCCCUCGUCUUUCACGAACCUGGUCACCAGACGACCCGGCAGCCAUUCCCCUGAACCCCUCGAAGACGACUUGGGUCAAGAGACUCUCCUUUACCUCUCGGGCGCAGCCACCGGGAACACCGCAGAGACGAACCGACGCCGGUUGGCAGAGCGAAGAAAGGACGAGGGCAAUGAGCAGUACAAGGCCAAGGAGUACCGCGAGGCCCUCAAGCUCUACACUCAAGCUAUUGAGCUAUGUCCAGAUUGUGCAGCGUAUUACAGCAACCGGUCAGCAUGUUACAUGAUGCUUGGGAAGUACAAUGAGGCCCUCAAUGAUGCCAGAGAGGCUGUGCGAUUAGAUAAAAAUUUUGUCAAGGGAUACGUUCGCGUCGCAAAAUGCAACAUUGCCCUCGGGGAUGCUAAUGCAGCUCUGUCAGUGCUGCGUCAGGCAGGAGAGCUCGAGCCCAACAACAAAGCAAUCCGUGACGAAAUCAACAAUGCUCAGGCCCUUAUCCGCUGCAAUGAUGAAAUUGAGAAAGCAACCACAAAGGGUGAUUACAGGACGGCCAUUUUCCACUUGGAUCGAGCACUGGAUCUAGCAGUUGGGUGUCGAAGCCUUAAGAUCACAAAAGGAGAAUAUCUGGUGUUCCUUCAACGAUAUGCCGAUGCUCAGGAGAUAGUCAAUGAGAUUCUCCAAUACGAUAGUGGUAAUGCUGAUGCCAUCUACGUUAGAGGAAUGUGUCUUUACUACCAGGACAAUGCAGAGGCAGCUUUCAAUCACUUCCAGCAUGUUCUGCGGUUAGCGCCUGACCAUCAAAAGGCUCGUGAAAUUUAUAAGAAAGCAAAACAACU